AUGGCCGCUCGCAAUAGAAAAAAAAGAAAAAUUGAAGAUAAUGAAACUGGAGUCCCGUUUGCGUGUGGAUUUCAUCGUCCAACUCCAAAGCAAAGCCGAAAAGCGAUAGGGGUAUUUCCUAUUCCUACAAUUUUAGAGCCUGGACCAGAAAACUUGCAUUUUCGAGAAAUUCCAAGCCCUAAAUGUGAAGAUGAUUGGUUAGCUCAGUAUAACGAGGAAGGACAGUCAUUUAAAUACUUUUUGAAAACAAACCCUUGGAUCUCAGGAAGAAGAGUAAAGUAUGCAAAGCAAAAAUUCAUCCCAGAUGGUAAAAAUCUAAAAGAGAGAUACCCAGAUGGAAAAAUUUAUGUACAGCCUCUAGGAGAUUUUGAUGACGGUAACAAUUCAGACUGUUCACCUUGCAUUCAUGAUCUAGCAGACUACACAGAACGCUUUUAUGCGUUACCUGUCGUUGUUUUACCAGAAAUGAAGCUUAAGAUCCCUACAAAGAAAGGUAAAUGUGCAUGCACCUUGAUACUUACUGGAGGGCUAGAGAUGAGAUAAAUGGGGGCUAGCUGAAAUGAGUUGUGGGCUAGUACAUGCUAGCUACAGCUUGCCCAAAUGGCAGGCUGUAAAACUGACUUUCUUUGCACCCUGAUUGUGCAAGAUAUAUAAGAACAACAACAAAGUCCUUAUCAUAGACAUAACAGCAACUGGUAAUGGGAAUGGUGAAAGCAAAGAGAGAGAGAAUCAGGAAACAUAUCACGAAAUUGCUGGGCCAAAAACAUAGUGUAUCUUGGCUUUGGAGAACUGCACUAAUGCUAAAAGUAUAUCUAUAUAUUAUGAAAACUACCCUAUAAUAAUUACACAAAAAUCAACUUAAAAUGUACAUUAUAUAACUAAAAUAUGUUCUAUCACAACUCCCUCAAGGCAAACCCCCGUUCAAGGCAAAGACAGGGCAGACUUAAAAGAGUUGAGAUUUAUCUCAUCUUUAAGCACAUUUUCUAAGCCAUUCCACAUGACUGCUCCCCUAUAGCUAAAAGCCCGCUUAGCAGCUUCAGUAUAGUGCCUAGGUACAAAAACAUUGUUCGAGGCACCUCGUACAUCGUAGGAAUGAAUCCUGGAGGUUGGUUCGAACACGUUCUUUAAACUCUCAGGGCAAAGGUUAUUCAGACAUUAAUAACUGGUACGUAAUGAAUCGACCAGUUUAUGUUACAGCUUUCCCUCCACUCAAAUUGAUAGCUGUCUCAUUUCAUAAAAAAUAAUUCGUCUUCCACAGUCACCUCCAAAAUCACAUCUGUUGGACUGUUACACAAUAUUAGAUUUCUCCCUAUAGUUAGUAAUAUAUUAGUUGUCGUUUUCAGGAACUAUAUACCAACUUUAUAUACCUGUUACCCAGUAAUUAUUUAUUUCAAUUUUUAUUAGGCAGUGUCAUAUGCUGGCAAGAUGACCCAUCAGAAGAAACAAACACUAGAAAAAGUUCUAGAGUGCUCUCAAAACAGCGGGAACUGAACCACCGUUUGUCUCAUGGUACACUAAAAAUUAGUUAAUAAGUCAGUAUAUAAUAAAUUUAGUCAGUAACCUUUUAAGUCCCAAUUUCUGCGUAUCAAUUCUCCAGACUGAUCUUCAUACAGUUUACCAAGAAUACAGAAGUUGAGAGAAUUGGCCACAACAUCAAUAAAAACUCAAAUAACCAUUACCCUUGAUUUUGUUUAGGUCACAUACAGCUGAAAGUGGACAGUAUCCAUGCUCUCCUCAGAAAGCUGAUUCCUGAUGAUGCUCUUUGUCUGAUUGGUUUGACCAUGGCAGAUCCCUAUGAGGAUGAUAGUGAUUUGUUUGUGGCAGGACUUGCAGCUGGAAACCAAAGAGUAGCUGUAGGUAUAAGAGGGUGGGUGAAUAGGGGUAUGCAAAACUGCCGAUCUGUUAUGAUUUAUUAACCAAAUUCGCCAAUAAAAUUUUGCCCUGAAUUCGAAAUCUGGGCAAAAAUAUUUUUAUUACAAGCAAAGUCCAAAAUCCGGGUCCAGUCCGCAGCAAUUGCAAAAAUCUGCAUACAAGGCAAAAAUAUUUUCAAAAUCUGCCGAUCCAUUGGCCUAUUCGCCCCCCACGUAUGCUAAUAACAAUAUUAUUGAAUGUGGCUGAGUAUGAUCUGACAAAAUUAUACAAUUUGAGGAAGGAGUGUGUUAUUGGCCUCAGCAAAUAACACACUCUGAGAUCAGCAUAAUUCUUUACAUCAUACGAAUGUCGAAUCAAUGAUUGUUGUGUUAUUCAUUUAGAAAAACUAUUACUUUAAAAACACACGUACCUCUAUCAGUGUUAAUGGUCCCUCUUCAUUUGCCUGUUCCUGGGCAAAUUAUACAUUUAUGUAUAAACUAAGAUGCUUCUAAUAUUUCUGUGUAGGCACAAUCAAUGCUAAAAUGACAAGUCAUGUACAAAUUGGUAAUGUGGUUCAAAAUGACAUAAUUUUAUAUCUACAUCAUCUCUAAUUUAAUCGUCAAGGAUUCUUUAUAAUAAUAAUAAUGGAAUUUAUAUAGCGCUUAUACAUCGCUGUUCUAAGCGCUUAAAAAACAGUUACCAAUGUUUUUAUUUUACGGUGAUCAUAAUAUCAUCUCUUUUAUUUUACAAAUAUUUCUAAGGUGUUUAGCUUUGCAAGAUAUAAUCCAUGUUUGGAAUUUUCCACUGAACACUGGUACAGCAUCUGGCCUUCCAAACAAAUUGAUCUAAAAACGAAGAGACAAAUGGUUUUGCAGGUAGCACACUUCAUGUUUUAGAUUAUUAGUAAUAAGAUUGUUUACAUUACAACUGCCCCCACUGUGAAGCUUAGUUCCAUCAUGUUCCAUCUCUGGCACAGGUUACUUCCUGAGCAAUAAGUACAAAAACAAGCUAUUCUCAAUGAAGCGCAAGUGUGCUGCCUACCAAAAAAUUUUUUCAUAGAGCUAACAUACCUUUUUAUUGUCUGUCUAUAGCGAAGCUGUAAGCUGUUGGUGCAUGAAAUUGCUCACUUGUUAGGGAUGGAUCACUGUAUUUGGUAUUUAUGCUGUAUGAAUGGUUCAGGACAUCUCAGUGAAGAUUUUGGUACGUAAAAGUGUUAUUUACUCUGAACUUUCUGCCAUUAUGAUUGACAGACUCUUGACAGUCAUCUCUCUUAGGUGGGAAUUCCCACCUUGACUUUUCCCCUGCCAUUCUUCAGUCAUUUUUUAUAUACAAAUAAAGAUACGCUCUCCAUGAGCAGAGUGUUACUGUUAUUAAUUUUUUUCCAACAGCUCAACCAAUCUACCUUUGUCCUGUUGAUUUACACAAGUUACAACACCUUUGCGGUUUUGAUAUUGUUGACAGAUACAGACAGGUACUUUCUUGGUUAUUAUUUCUGUUUAUAUCUUUUGAGUGUCACCUUAAACGUGAAACUGUGCUAGCAUGGCCUCUUAUUAAUUUUGACGUGUUAUUGAUAUUUUUGUAUACUUUAUUAUGCUACUAUACUGGACUGUGAAGAACAGUUUUUUCUGAGCUGGUACUAUUUUUUACUAUAAUAUCCCCGGGUCUUCUCUUAGAACUAUUGUAUGAGGCCCACAAGGAGAGAUUGAAACAGGAUGUCCCACAUUCUUUUGACUGAGUUUUUUGUUUUGUUCUUAAGCUUUUGGAAUUCUUCAAAAGACAUGAUAUGAAAGAAGAGGCAGAGUGGUAUCAGUCAAGACUUGAGUUCAUUGAUAAUGAAAGUUAAAGACUGCGGAGUUCUAACCCUGAGUAGAAGUUGUAUCAGCUACAGCUCUGAUAGCUGUCCAAAUAACAGGCACUGACAUCUUGUAAAUACUGAGAAAUCAUCCCCUGUAUUUGAUAAAAGAAAACAAAUUGAAAGAGCGAGCUAUUUUUUUUCUUUAUAACGAACGCGCUAAACGCCAUCUACAACUCUCACUUGCCUGACUUGAUUCCGAUUGAGUUCAGUUAAUUCAACAGCAUUACUUAUCCGUUAGCCGGAGGGUCCACUUACGUCUUCGUGCGUAAAUAUGAAAUACUCAUAAUCUUAAAGUCCCUAAAAUUUCAAUUUAAAAGAUACGCCGCGCUUGAAAGGACGUCUAGAAUAGGCUUCUAAAGUUCAAGUACGUCUCUGCAAAAGUCCGUCACUUCGGCUGUACUAAUGAAUCUGUAAGUAAUUAUCAUUAUUUUGUUUAUAUUAUUGACUUUUCCUUUCAUGUGCAAAACUUAGGGAUUGUGAGAGAUUUCAGUGCUAAUCAUUAUGUUAAUCGAGCAGUCACAUAUUUGUGAUUGUUAUGUGAUAGGUAUGACAUUUAUAAAUACUCUGAAGACUUAUUCAUGAUGAUAACCGAAGGUACUAAUUAUACUUUAAAUAGGAAAUAAGGAUAUC